AUGUCUGACCCUCGCAGUUUCACUGCUCGUCCACUGUCAAAGCAGCAGGCACGAAAGGAUUUCAAAGAUGCAUUUCGUGUCUAUCUAUCUUCCUCUUCGCUAGCUGCUCUGAGGCUUCAAACAGAGAGCAUCUGCACGCUGAGGCAAGGCGAUGGACCGCCACAGACUGCCAUAGCAUGGUACGCCUCAGAGAACAUCCAGAGCACAGUCAUGCAAAUAUCAAGGACGAUGCAGGAAUGCUAUGAUAUCAAGAUCGGAGAGAAAGUUUCUAUCACCAGGGCUGAAGGCCCCCUAGAAGACAUUGAUGUGGUGACAUUGGAGGACUGUUCAGAUCCUGAGAAAAUUGCCAAACAUGGCUCAAUUUCAGAAAGUGACAGAUCGCACUGGGAAUGGGCCCUAGAUGAAAAGCUUCUCCGAUGCGGGUGUUUGACGACGGGGUUGACUUUUGAGUUGGAGCUCAGGGCCCAACCCAGGAGUUUUCGAGUGGUUAAUAUUCAUUCACAGAACCCUCACUCUAGUCAUACCCUUUUUCAAUUCACAGAGACCUCAAAGGUUUCCCUCGGCCCAGUCACAGAAAGAAAAGAAGAAAGGUCUUCAGUCAUUGCGGUGCAAUCCACUGGCCUUGGAGGCCUCUCCCGCCAGAUUGACGACAUUAAUGAAAGCUUGUCUGAUUUUAACUUUGAUUCACGGAAGCCCGCAAUGCCAUCAUUCUACGAAAACAGCCGAGGAAUUUUACUUUAUGGGCCAAAGGGGACUGGCAAAACAAGUCUUCUAGAACAGAUCGAGAAGGCUGGCUGGAAGCAAACAUUCAAAGUUGGCAUGUCAACUUUGGGGAGAAGUAUCAAUGAGGGCGAGCUUAAGCUACGCAAUAUCUUCCAGGAGGCGGCUCGCUCUAAGCCCAGUGUGAUCAUUAUCGACCAGUUGGAAUUUAUUGCCCCCAAGCGAACCUCGAUUGAGUCUCAGUCCCUUGCAUCUGUUCUUUGCGAGAAUCUAGAUGCUAUCCGAAAUACAUCGAUCCUAGUGGUGGCCGCCACAAGACACCCCAAUCAAGUCGAUGAUGCUCUCAGAACGCCCCAUCGACUUGGCACAGAAAUCGAGAUCCAAGUCCCUACUGCUCAGGACCGAGCUGAAAUACUACAUGCCAUUCGUGGGCCAGUAUCUGCCGGUUUGACCGACGAGCUGGUAGAGCUACUAGCAGAAAAGACACACGGAUAUGUUGGAGCUGACCUUUUCGCUCUUCUGCAAUUGAUCUGUCGCAAAGCCCGGCAACGGCAACUAUUGGACCAAAAUCCUACGGCCAUAUCGGCCACCCCGGUCGAUCCAUAUAGCUGGCACCAUGGAGGUUCCAUCGAUGAUGAAUUGACCAUCUCAUUGGAGAUACAAGAAACCGACAUUCUGCUUUCCCUGCAGGAAAUUCGUCCCACGGCCAUGCGGGAAGUAUUCUUGGAAACCCCAAAGGUGAGAUGGUCAGAUAUCGGUGGACAGCAUGACAUCAAAAGACGCCUCCAACAAGCCGUUGAGCGACCCUUGAAGUAUCCUCAACGGAUGCGCAGACUUAACGUGAAUAGUAAAAAAGGUGUCUUACUUUACGGGCCGCCGGGUUGUUCCAAGACACUGACAGUCAAAGCGUUAGCCACAGAGGCGGGUUUGAACUUCCUGGCAGUCAAGGGCGCGGAGAUUCUCAGCAUGUAUGUCGGAGAGUCCGAGCGAUCAUUGAGAGAGAUCUUCAGAAAGGCCCGGGCAGCACGACCAAGCAUCAUAUUCUUCGAUGAGAUUGAUGCCAUUGCUGCUCGGCGCAGCAGUAGCUCGGGAGGGGUCAAUGUUCUUACGACUCUGCUAAAUGAAAUGGACGGUAUCGAGGAGCUCCGAAAUGUCUUGGUCAUUGCUGCAACAAAUAAGCCCGAUGUCUUAGACCCUGCAUUAAUGCGACCUGGACGAUUGGACAAUAUUCUUUAUAUUGGCCCUCCGGACUUUGAGGCCCGCAGGGAAAUCCUACGCAUCUGGGCCAAUAAGUCCGUGGUGAACCCAGACGUCGACAUGGAUAAUCUUGCAUCUCUGACUGACGGAUAUUCUGGUGCUGAGAUUGUGAGCAUCUGUGAAACUGCCGGAGAUGCAGCACUUGAUGAGGAGGAGGAAACACAACAGGAACAAGAUGUGCAGUGGAAGCACUUUGAAUAUGCACUAGGGCAAGUGCGGCGGCAAAUCACGGAUACUGUCAUCCAAGAGAUCCACCUCGCGCGCCGUGCGCUGAAUCUUCAACAUGUCCUUAAGAUCACCUCGUGGACAAUCACCUCUACGUUCACCGGAUCAGGACCGAGCACGGUCACGUUCUUUACAUCGUUCGAAACACCGAAGCGACAGCCCAUCCCGAAGCCUCACCCGGAGUCCAUCACAGGGACGACGCGAUCGCUAUCGUUCAAAAACCCGAUCCCGAUCCCGAUCCCCGUCUCGUGGCAGAACCCGAUCUCGCAGUCGCAGUCGAGCCCCCCAAGAAGUUCCAAGAUCGUGGUAGAAAAAUUGACCAAAAAUGUCACAGAAAGUCACAUCCGAGAGAUCUUCGGGGGAUUUGGAGAGAUCGAGUAUCUCGAUCUUCCAAUCAACAAAGCUUUCAUGACAAAUAGGGGGACUGCAUAUAUCCUUUAUUACGACCCCGCUGACGCAGAGGCGGCCAUUGCCCACAUGCAUGAGGCUCAGCUUGACGGGGCCAUCCUAAAUGUCUCAAUCGUUCUCCCUCGCCGCAAAUUCUCGCGCUCGCCACCCCCUGCGUCAAUUCGAGGGAAUGGUGGUCGCUCUAGAUACGGUCGAGGACCAUAUGCAGGUCCCUCAUCUCCUCCUAGACGACACGGAGGCGGUCGACCAACAGAACGCCAUGACAUUUAUCGGCCCCAGACUGCAUCAAGAUCACGAUCUCCUGUUCGCUCUCGCUCAUACUCUAGAUCUCGCUCACCACCACCGCGCAGAGGUAGCCCUCGCACAGACUCGCGGCAUCACCGACGCCGGAGCCCAAGCUACAGCAGCUAUGGUUACAGCAGUCGAAGUCGGAGUCCAAACCGUAACCGAGGCCACAAUCGAAACUAA